GGAUUCAUUCGAUGAUCGGGCGAACAUCCGGAUUCCGCAGUGAAGUCUACCUAGCCUUCUGCAGUGAGACAUGGACAAAUUUUGUGAUCCCAUGGUUCAGAUAAUCAAUCUCUGCUCUUGCUCGGCUCCUUGGGGCAAAGCAACGCGCGGCUUCCUAACUCUAGCGCCAGCUCUAAUUGUUCUGAUCAGCCCAGUCUCCAUGUUGUAACUACCUACUUUCCUUCCAAAUCGUUGGAAUUCGAAUCAACUAAUCCUCCUGCCAGUGUUAGUAUUAUCCAUGAAUACCGCUCAUCCCCCCGUGCUAGUUGUUGGCGCUGGGCCAGCGGGUCUGGUAGCAGCGUUGACGCUCCUCCAAAACGGUAUCUCAGUUCGCAUUAUCGAUAAAGACCCCCACCCUCGCAUCGGACAGCGUGGUACUGGAAUAUGGCCACGUUCCCGCGAACUCUACAACUUCCUGGGCGUUACAGAAGUCACUAGUUUGGCGAAACCAGCCCCUCCCAUUCGUUUUUACAAGCCCGGGACGUUGGAAACUCUGCAAGACGCAGUGCUGGUCCCGCAUAUCGAACCUACUCCAGCAAUACCAUUCAAUGGCCACAGAUCGAUGGGUCAACAACUCCUAGAUGUGAUUCUGCGACGCCACCUAGAGAAAUUCUCUUGUUCCGUCGAGAUGGGCACCGAACUCCGCUCGUUCGAGCAGUCCGAUGUGGGCGUCACCGCUGUUCUAGCAAAGGAUGGCAUAUCAGAGACUUUUGAUACCAAGUGGAUCAUCGGCGCUGAUGGUGCUAAAGGCAUCGUGCGCAAGCAACUUGGCCUCACAUUUUUGGGCGAGACUAGAGACGAUGCCCAGGUUGUGACAGGAGAUAUCCGCUUGACGGGCGUUGGCCUCGAUAGACUGUAUUGGCACCGAUUUGGAAACUGGAAUGAACAAGGCCUCUCAUUGCGUCCAGCAGACGAAAUUGGCGAUGACGGCUGGCAAUUUUUCCUCUUUGGCCAUGAACUAGAUUUGGCGAAGAUCGCCGAGAGCGAAAAGCUCGUUUUCGAGACCAUCACGUCGUUAAUACCAACGGAGAUUUCAUUCAACCAGCUAGUUUGGAUGAGCUACUUCAAAACUAAUAUCCGAAUGGUGAAUAAGUUUAGUGAGGGUCGAGUGUUCGUUGCAGGCGAUGCUGCUCACGUCCAUAGCCCGACGGGUGGUCAGGGACUCAAUUCAGGCGUACAAGAUGCAUUCAAUCUAGGAUGGAAGCUUGCGCUCGUCCAGAAAGGGCUCGCCGACAAAUCUCUUCUCGAGACAUACAGCGCCGAGCGUCUGCCUGUGAUCUCCGAGAUGCUCGGCGUGACCACAUCGAUUCUCAACAAGACGAUGGCAUCUAAAGAGCCGCAGAUCGAACGAGGUUCCGUCCUGUUCAUGCUCGGCAUCAACUGCCGAUUCAGCACUAUCGUACUCGAUGAAUUUGUGACUUCAGUCGAGGAGAAACCAAUCAACGCAUACAGAGUGCUUGACGAAGGGCAUCUGGAGGCCGGGGACAGGGCGCCUGAUGCGCCCAAUAUGCUGCACGUGGGGCGCGCAGAGCUUGGCGUGACGACGCUUUUUAGUUUGUACAGACCCUGGUACCACACAAUCCUUGUAUUUGCGCCAAGUCUCGCUGAUGCUACCCCGGUCUUGGGUGCACUGGAGACAUACGACAAAAGUGUCGUACGAUCGGCAGUCGUUCUGCCAUCGUCGGCAUCAGUAACGUCUGUCGCAUCUCCUGCUGAUCUCGUUCUCGUUGAUCAGGAGGGCCAUGCUUAUUCGGCUUACCUCAUGGAAGCUGGUCAGACGAAGGUGUUUGUGAUACGGCCGGACGGAGUGAUUGGGGCGAUAGUUCAUGGUGCGGAAGGCGUGAAGAAGUAUUUCUCAAAAAUACUUGUUCACAUUUAGUGGCCCGAAUAUUUAUUCAUUCUUUACUUGAGGCUUCUAGAAGUACAGCUUAUUCCUGUAUACCUCGUGCAAUGAUGUAGUGUAUCACAUCCGUAACUGAAAAUGAGAAAAUGAUGCACAACGGAGAACCGCACAGUAAUAUGUAUGAAGAUUUUGCAUUCUUCAAACUACGACGUAGACAGGUUAACUAUCAGUUGAUCCUCAUCAUGCAUCAAAAGUUCACCGAAUUAUAUCAGGAGCCAAAUAGUCAUCGGUCCCUGGACAUCGGGAAGACGAGGUUCUUGCUGGCACAGGAUAUCUGACAAACAUCCUCAAGCCAGCUGUGGUGUCAAGGAACUAAGAAAAACUUGUUGGUCGCUUUGGGGACUUUCGAGUCUUUGAAAUAUACGGAGCUGGGUCAGAUAAAACGGUCAUAUGAUUUGAAGUAAGUAUGUUCUCGAGGGGCAAUUGAAGACGACAGGCUUG